AUGGCUGGCCGCCAGUCCGUCCGCCUCCUGGCCCGCCAGGUCACCUCGUCCCAAUGCUCCUUCUCACACUCCCAAUACCACGCUCGGAGAGUAUUUUCCUCUACGCCCUCCUCACUCGCAGCCCAUAAUUUCAUGAUGCCCGCCAUGUCCCCGACAAUGACCGAAGGCAACAUCUCAAGUUGGAAAGUCAAAGAGGGAGACUCCUUCUCCGCAGGGGACAUUCUCCUGGAAAUCGAGACCGACAAGGCUUCCAUGGACGUGGAAGCCCAGGACGAUGGUGUCAUGGCCAAGAUCUUACAGGGAGACGGCUCCAAGUCAGUCAAAGUUGGCAUGAGGAUAGCUGUCCUCGGCGAUCCAGGGGACGACGUCUCCAGUCUAGAGAUCCCACCGGACGACUCGAAGCCGGUUCAGUCGGAAGCGGAUAACGUAAAGGGCGGAGCAGAUUCGAAGUAUGAGACGUCCGGAGUAGAAAAGGAGACGCCGGGUACACCCCAAAAUCAGAGGCCGGCCAAGGACAAACCGAAAACCAGUCCAACAGGGCCGGGCCAGAAUCCAAAAUACCCGCUCUAUCCUUCGGUGAUAGCUUUAAUCCACGAGAACCACAUCUCCGAGGCCGACGUUGCCAAAAUCCCAGCUACUGGGCCGAAUGGAAGACUACUGAAGGGUGACGUCCUCGCGUACUUGGGAACAAUUGAAUCGGACUACUCGGCCAAACAAUCCAAGCGCAUCGAACAUAUGGCGCACCUCGACCUCAGCAACAUCAAGAUCUUACCUACUACCCCUAAGACCGCUGCUGGGGCUGCUCCUACUCCCGCUGCAGUACCUGAAGAGAUCGUCCCACAAACCACCAGCGUCAGCAUCACCAUCUCCCUAGCCGAAGUGCUGAAGGUCCAAAAAAGCAUCAAAGACACCUUGGGGGUGACGGUCCCUCUAUCAACCUUCCUCGCCCGCGCAGUGGAUCUCGCAAACGACGAUCUGCCUCAACCCAAGAAUGCGAGGCCGUCAGCGGAUGACCUCUUCAACGCCGUCCUUGGACUGGACACAAUACCGACUACGUCGAGAGGAACAUAUCUCCCGCAAAUCGAUGCAUUUCCCAUUAUUCCACUUGGUAAAUCCCAGGCCACAUCACUCCCGCGCUCCCACCGCGUUUCAGCCUCCGCGGCCAAAAAAACCGACAUUAUCGACAUCCUGUCCGGCAAAGCCACACCAAAAAGAGCAGCUCCUUUCUCUACAUCUUCAAUGUCAACACCAGGCCGCACACUGAGCACGGCAGAGGGCGCAUUGAAUGUGUUCAGUCUGACCAUCCCCGUGGGCGAAGAGAAAAGGGCACGCACGUUCCUGGAGAGGGUCAAGACGGUGUUGCAAGUUGAGCCAGGGAAGUUGGUGCUGUAA